UGACCAGUGUUCCUUAGUCCGUGACUCUGUGUCCAGUGUUCACUCCACUUCAUUCAUUGAACCUUGAAAAUAACCUUUUCCCUCACCUUUUCCCCAUCUAUAAAGAAGUAUAAUGAACAAAACAAUUGUACUAGAACGAACUGUGUGUAAGGGCUCAGGUACCUUGGGUUCUUUUGGCUUUUCUGUCAUGGGGGGUGCUUCUGCAAAGCUGCCAGCUGUUGUGUGCAGUGUUGAAGCUGGUGGACCUGCCGCUGAAAGUAACCAGGUCAGUAUUGGAGAUCAAUUGUUGUUUUUAAACAAUGAGGAUCUGUCUACUUUGGACUCAAAAGAAUUGGUUACGAAAAUUAGAGGGGCUCCUUCUCCUUCAACUUUUACUUUUUCUGAUAAUGAAGAAUUACGUGAGAAAGUUCGUCAUGUGUUGCGAAAGCAAGAGGAAAAAAGACGAAGAGAUAAAUUGUCUUCAUCUAACUCUGAAACAUCCAUCAAGUCAUCUGAACGUUCUCCUUCUCACCUCCAGACACACAUUUCUAAGCGAACAAUAGGCCAUUCUCCUUCUUUGUCAGCUACAAAAGAGCUUGAAAUUGAAACAAGUGUUAACAUUGGUCAAAGUGGAGAAAUAGUGAAGAUUAGAGGUGGUAAAAUCAUCAACACUACAUCAGAUGUACAUGAAACCGAUAGUUUAAAUGAUCCUAUUCAGUCAACUGAAGACAAAAGUUUAAAAAGUUCAUGUAGUUCCGGAUCAGUGAUAGAUGAUAAUAAUAUGCCAUUAAAUUCUGAGAUCAAACCUAUUCAUGUUGCAAAAACUUCAUCAAGUACUGAAGGUUCCCCCAAUGUUAAGAAUACCGGUGCUUCAGCAUUAGUGGAUACCAAACAAAGUGUUUUUGAUACAAAGGUGGAGUCAGAAGAUAGUACAUCUUGUCAAAAAAAUCUAAAUUCUGAGUUGUCACAACCUAUGCUACCCAAAUAUUCAAGAAAAAGUCAAAAGCAGCAACCUCAUUCCAAAGCCAUCACUUUAGCAAGGCAGUUGUAUAUGUUGGAUGGUUUCAAAAAAAGUGAAGUGGCUGCAAAAUUGGCUGACACUUCAGACUUUGGACGUGCAACAGCUCACGAGUAUUUAAAGUUUUUUGAUUUUGAAGAGCUGGAGUUAGAUGAAUGUCUGCGUCAGUUUCUUGCUACAUUCACUAUGUCAGGAGAAACUCAAGAAAGAGAAAGAGUGAUGAUGCAUUUUUCUGAGCGGUACUUUGAAUGUAAUCCUUUUUCUUAUGCAUCUAAAGAUACAGUACAUGGAAUCACAUGUGCCAUACUUUUGCUGAAUAGUGACCUACACACUGAUCAUGGAGGAUCGAAGAUGACCUUUAGCCAGUUUGUUUCAAACUUGGAGCAAAUUGGAAUUAAGUUACCUAAAGAUAAAUCUAAGAGAAUAUAUGAAAGUAUUAGAAAGAACCCACUUGAGUCUGGAUUUGAUGUUGUUGCUGAAUCUGAUGAAGUCAGUGCUGCAGAGGAUGAAGAAACUCGAUUAUAUCAUGUAUUAAUUCCUGGUACAUUUGUAGAGGUAGAGCUCCCAGAAUCUGCUCCUAUAUUUAAGGAGGGCUACAUUAGAAAGAAAAAUAUCAUGGAUGCACCACAUAAAAAAGUUCCACGUGGGAAACGACAGUGGAAGCCUUAUUAUGUAUUCCUUAAGGGAUUCCUAAUGUAUUUUGUGCCACCUGGUGGUCAGCUACAGUUGACUGAUACCUCAAAUGCAGUAGUCAUCACACACUGCUUGGCAAUGACAGCAGCAGAUUAUCACAAGAAAAGUGCAGUCAUUAGAGUUACAACUUCAGAUUGGCAUGCUUUCCUUCUGCAGGCCAAUGAUUUUCAUGAUUCACAACAGUGGAUUUUGUCCAUCAACAAAGCUGCUGCAAUAUAUUCAGCACCUCCUUUAGCAGCACCUAUUGGCUCCAGCUCUGGCUUUCAAAGACCCACUUUUCCAUUGGCUCCAACAAAAAAUACAGAGGAACAGCAAAAGCAGUAUUAUGAAUCAAAAGCUAAAUCUAUUCAGAAAGAACUAGAGGAGCAUCAAGCAUACAAGGCUACUGCUACAAAGAAUAAGAAAUCAAGUAUUUGGUUUGAAAAAUUGGAGUUUUUACAAUUUGAAUUUAAUCGAUUUCAUAUAUAUCUUGGCUCACUACACUCUGAUGUGGUUGAUUUUCAAGGACCACUACCUACAGGACUUGUUCCUUCACCUUCUAUUAGCACACUAGCUACUACAGGAGUGUCAGAUGAAUUAGCUGCAACAGAGUUUAAGCAAAGAAGUAGAGAUAACUCACCAUUUCCAGACUCUGCACCUAGGCGAGCAAGAGACCUUUCACCUGCUUAUAAUCCAUUUCCAAGGAAAGACUCUGAUGUGACUUCUGGAGCAAUUAGAAAAAGAAUGGACACUAGUCAUAGAUAGUAAAAUGAAUUAAUAUAAAUAUUAGGAUUGUGUGUUAUUAUUACAUGUAUCUUGUUUGUUGUGUAAAUUUUCAUCACAUACAAAAUUAUUAUUUUUAAUGUUUAUUUUAUCUUGCAAAGUAGAUUUCUGCACAUAAAAUUGAAUUUUACAUUUUCAUGAUGUAUGCUGACAGUACAAUAAAUUACCUACAAAUGUAUAUGUAUAGUACCAAUUAAAGUACACUGAAAGUUGAUAAUUAAUUUUCAUUAUCCAUA